CAUUAUUCAGAAGCGUCCUGCCAACUUUUCCUCUCUAAGCGACCCCCUGUUUGCUUCUCCUAGAGAAACUAGAGACACGUUGGAACGACGGAGGAACCCGGGACUCUCAACGCCAGCCAUGUCGACAGCCAGCGGACAAGCAGACCUGCAGCGUCUCAACAUAAACCGCUACGCCACUAAGAAGACGAUGGCUGAAGGCAUGUUGGAUGUGGCUCUGCUCAUGGCCAACACUUCUCAGCUGAAAGCCGUGCUGGAACAAGAGCCCGGGUUUAAGUACUACAUGACUGUGAUUGUGCUUAUUGCAGUCUCGCUUUUCUUCCAAGUGCUCGCUGGGGUUUUCUUCAUUCUCAUGGCACGCAAAGACCUCAAUGUUGUCGCCAAUCAAAGAAAGCUUGAUGUAAUGAAUAACAUAGCGACUGCCCUCGUGUUAUUCACCGUCAUCGUCAACAUCUUCAUCACCGCGUUCGGUGUUCAGAAGACCGGCCUCUACCAUCGGAAUUGAAGUUUAAUUGAAGAUGACAGAUUGCUAAACUAAUGUUACAGGUUUAUUUCUGUUGAUAAAAACAUUGCUAAUGUAAUGAAAUGAAACCAUAACACAUAAUAUGCUGUGUGUUGUUCGGCUGCAGGACAAAUAUCAUCACCUUGGAAUCAAGGAAGCCUGCGGAGGACAUUGUUAGGUUAAUAUUAAUAAGAAUAAUUAAUAAUUAAUCAAUAAUAAUACAUUUACAGUAUUUUACUAUGCUCAAUCCUUUCUAUAUUUGUCAUAGAUUGCUUUAUAAGGUAUUUAACAUCUUAUAAAUAAUCCUACUUUGAUUUUAAACAUCAUUCGUUUUUUAAAUUUUAUUUAAUUCAGUACAAUUUAAUUAAUUCUGAUUUGCAUUAAUAAAGAUUUAAAAA